UGUGUGUUUGACGUAUUUGCAUAUUUGCCAAGACCUUAGAGAGAGGAAUAGUAGUUGGAAUGGCUUUGCUGCAGAAAAAUAUAGACAGAUAUUGUUAAAGUGUUGUUGGAAGUAGCGUCUUAACGCGAUCUUUGUGUUCAGUUUAUAUGCCGGUGUGUUUGAAAAAGCAGGUUAAUGUUAUGGUUUAAAUACAGUUGUUCCGGAUUUGGCACACUGAAGAGGCCUACUGGGAGUUUUUGUACUGAUCAUCACUGGCUUGUUUAGACUGUCGUCUCUUACAAAACGUUAGAGAUAUGUCUGAUCAGCAGACUGCCGUGACUUUACAACAGGCGCUUGACAGGAGCUGCUGGGUGUGUUUUGCUACUGAUGAAGAUGACAGAACAGCUGACUGGGUGAGACCGUGCAGGUGCAGAGGCUCUACAAAAUGGGUGCAUCAAGCAUGUUUGCAGCGUUGGGUUGAUGAAAAACAGAGAGGGAAUAGCACAGCUAGAGUUGCAUGUCCACAAUGCAAUGCAGAAUAUUUAAUAGUAUUCCCAAAACUAGGUCCUGUUGUUUAUGUUUUGGACUUGGCCGAUCGUCUUAUCUCAAAGGCAUGUCCAUUUGCUGCAGCAGGUAUUAUGGUGGGUUCUAUCUACUGGACAGCUGUCACUUAUGGAGCUGUGACUGUUAUGCAGGUUGUUGGCCAUAAAGAGGGAUUGGAUGUCAUGGAGAGGGCUGAUCCAUUAUUCCUUUUGAUUGGGCUUCCUACAAUUCCAGUCAUGCUAAUUUUAGGCAAAAUGAUUCGCUGGGAAGACUAUGUGUUGAGACUGUGGCGCAAGUACUCAAAUAAGUUGCAGAUUUUAAACAGUUUUUUCCCAGGAAUUGGAUGUCCUGUUCCCCGUAUUCCAGCUGAAGCCAGCCCUCUAGCUGAUCAUGUGUCAGCAACACGAAUAUUAUGUGGAGCUCUUGUUUUUCCUACAAUAGCCACAAUAGUUGGCAAGUUGAUGUUCAGCAGUGUCAACUCAAAUCUUCAAAGAACUAUUCUGGGUGGAAUUGCUUUUGUUGCCAUAAAGGGAGCUUUCAAAGUAUACUUCAAACAGCAGCAGUAUUUGCGACAGGCUCACCGGAAAAUCCUUAAUUAUCCUGAGCAAGAAGAAGCAUGAAUAAGAUUUCAUCCUUUAUGUAACUGUGUCUUGACAUUCUGUUAUACGUUCACAAUUAUAACACUGUUUUAGGAGGUAUUAUGCUGCUGGUUCUAGACAUAUUUUUACAAGAGGAAUAAAGCACUUUCUUGUGGCAGAGCUACUCCCAUCCUCAGACAGUAAAAUCCCAAAAUGUGAUUUGCUUUUGUUAGUGACUUUCAGGCACUUUCUUUGUAAUGGUAAGUGCUGAUUUGGUUUUAAAUAUUUUUUUCAGCACAGCAUCAUAAUUUAAUGGCUGUCAGAUAUUUAUAUAAUCUGCACUUUGCAAUUCACUCAGGUGUUUUGUCAGCUAACUGGGUUUUAUAGCAUUGGAAGGCUUCAUUGUUUCCCUUUGGAAGCAUGAAUCUUUGCUCUGGAGUUUGGCCAAAAAUCACACCAUUCUUCUCUAUUAAAAGAUUUGCUGGCAGAAUAGAUAGAAUAGCUACAGUAAAAGUGUAAGUAAGUAAAAUGUAUUAAUGAGAAUAUAACUACACUUGGACAUCAGUAGUGUCCACUCUUUUAGAGAAGAAAUGCUCUCUAAAUGAAAUACAAAUCAUACAUCCGUUUAUCUUUUUUCUUAAAAGGUCAUAUUCAUUAAAACAUUGUAAUCCAUCAGUGCAUUACACAAGAUAAUUAGUUUUCAUUUUAAUUCUAAAUCUCAAGAUGAAAAUCUUUAUUUUAUUUUUUUAAGUAGAAAAGGAAAUUAUAAGCACUAAGGAGUCUGAGCUGUGCAUUGCUUUAAAUUUUUAUUUAGUAAUUUUUAGGUUUAGCAGAAAUACUGUAGUAUCUGCCAAUGGUACUUGCUACCCCAGGUUUUAUUAUUAUUAUUUUUUUUUGGAGGGGGGAUGUUUUAAGUAAAUGUCAUUUUGAAACGAGCUGCAUUUCAUGUUGUCCCAUAUAAACACAAAAUUGUAGUUUCUGUAGUUGUCUGCACUGUUAAUUUACCAUAUUAUAUAUCUCCUUCACAACAUGAGAGUCCAUGUAUUAUUUUGGUAGAUAAGGAUUUAAGUGAAUUUCCUACUGGAAAAGGUACUUUGGACUAAAUUCUGUGUUAAAUAGAAACAUAAUGUAAGCUGUGUUUGUUCUAAGUGAUACCAAUAAAAACAUUGUGCGUUUUUUUUCAACAAUAUUAUUAUACUGCAUAGACAAGAUAAGUAUCUUGUGUAAUGGCCAACAUGUUUUUACAUGGUAAUUUUGUUUAAAAAAGCCUGUCUCUGACAUAAUUAUGUGACUGUAGUUAGCUCCAGUCAGAUCAGAAUUACUUUAAUUGCCUUGUACAAAGUUCUGUUUAUUGUACAGUAUUUUCACUUGGUUUCAUGUUUAUUUGUGAAUAAAUGUAUAUUUUCCA